AUGGAAAAUUUGAGUAGGUUCAAAAUUCCCUCUAACGAACAGGUGCAACAAGAAAUAUUUACAGGAAAUGCUAAGAAGCGCAACCAAAUUUUUGGUGGUCUCUUAAGGAUCAAGCUUACACUGGUGUCUCUGCUGGUUAUGGCAAACAGCCUGCUGUGUGCCUCCGCAGUUGGAAAAUUCGACGACACACUGGCCGAGAGAUAUCCAUUUCGGAAAUGCCUACAAGAAUGCGCUCUCUCAGCAGAACCACUUUUAGACGAAUAUGAAUACUGUGCUUGGCAAUGCUCGCGCUUGCGGGAGAAACGUGGCAAAUUCUUCAUGAUGGGCCGAUAAAGAUGCUUGAUCAGUUCGCUUGAUGGUUUAAGCCAAACAAUUGAUAUAAUAAAACACUGCAGUGGUUUCUC